UUAUCCCUUUGAGCCGGGCCAGCCGGUACGUGUAGUACCACAGUGUAGGUGGCUCUGUCCUCACCAUGGACGUUCCGGGUCUCGGCUCUGCGUUUUUCCUCCUCACCUCCGUGAUCCUCGCGCUCAGCGGUCCGUGCGCCGCGCGCUCUGACGCGCCUCGCGGCGUUGCGCUGGGGUUCGUGUUCGACUCCAAGGCGAAGUGUGAUCCACCGUGCGAACACGCCGGAAUAUGCAUCCGCAACAACACAUGCUUCUGCUCCCGGGGCUAUGAAGGAGAGACCUGCCAGUAUGCUACCUGUUAUCCCAAAUGUAAGAAUGGGGGAGUCUGUCUGCGGCCUGGAAAAUGCAGAUGUCCCCCUGGAUAUGGAGGAAGAUACUGCCACAAAGUGACCUGUGAUGGUGGAUGUUGGAACGGAGGGGAAUGCACUGCUGUCAACGGAGUGGCCAUGUGCAUCUGCACCUCCAGCUGGACCGGCUCCAAAUGCCAAGAGGCCAUCUGUCCCCAGGGCUGCAGGAAUGGAGGGAUCUGUGUGGCUCCAGGAAUCUGCAGCUGUCCUGAUGGAUGGCUGGGUGGUGCUUGCCACACUGCUGUAUGCAGUCAGCCCUGUCUGAAUGGAGGGAAGUGUGUUUCUCCUGAAAAAUGCCGCUGUCGCCCCCCUUUCUCUGGACCCCGCUGUGAGGAGAGAAAAAAGUCACACUAAUGUAACCCUGGAGAGGUCAACGGUCAACAAGGCCUAAUUCAGUGGCUUAGUGGCACUGACAACAUUGCAACUUUUUUCUUUUAGCUGAAGCAUUUGUUUUUACUUUUUUGUGACAUGUAUUUUAUUCUAAGAUGCAACACACCUGUGUACUUUUCAGAUUUUACUGUAUGGUAUAUGUUUUGUACUGUAAUUUUCCUCAUUAAAGGAAUAAAAAUGUUAACUGUA